UGAAGAAAUAACAGAUUUCUGAGCUGCUUAUGAGGAGGGAAGGACACAGACUAUGAGAAGAAAGUGAAAAGUUGUCUACUGGCCUCUUUCACGCUAAUUAAUGCAUUCAGAAGCUGUACUGAAAGGAAUUUAAACUCGUGAUAGUCAUAAGAGAACAGAUCAAAGAAGAAAAAAAAAUGCAGAUCAAGUCAAAGAAAAGAAAGCUGUACAUGCUUUUAGUCAACAGACAGAAUACAAGUCUGAAGGAGGGCCAUAGUUCUGUCCUGUGGGUUUGAACAAGACUAAACUCUCAAAAUGCCCAGAAGAAACCACCAGCCAGAUGGCAACUUUUUCAGAGGAAAAGGACACAGCUAUCUUGCAGUAGAAGAAGCCCUGGGUAUUGUAAUCUUCAUUUUGGUGCUGGCCAUGCUAUUUAUCUUUGGCUGCUGGUAUUACAAGAGACGUAGUGGCUAUAAAAGUCUACGGAGCAAAAGCACUAGUAUGGGCACAAUACGAACCAUGGUAGGUGAGGGAAGAAUAGUGGACUGCAAAAUGGCUCUGCAGGAGUACAGAAACUUUGAUUCUGUGGUACCCGAUGCUCCACCAGCUUAUGAAAAAAUUGAUGCAGAUCAGUUACCCCCACCUUAUUCACCAUGAUAGCAACAGAUCUUAAACUUUGAGAACAUCAAUACAGUUUCUUCAUGCUCCCUCUUAAUUCCCUGUACAAGCUUAACUUUCUUAAAGCUAAAACUGUAAUAAAAAUCACAUGCUUUCAAAAGCAAUUGCUGAAAAUUAUUCCUGCAUAGUUUACAGAACUAGUUCUUGAAAUGCCUCAAUAAAGCUGAACGUGCUUUUGUUUUAA